UAUCGCCUCCUAACCUUCCUCGGAGACCCAACCAAGAAAAAAGAAAAAAAAAACAAAAAAAACAAAGAGAAGGUAGUGUGGUAUAGGAAGUAGGAGGAGGCCAACCAUUUUACUCUCCUCUUCUCCUCGUUCUCUCUCCUUGUUGAGCUCUCACACCGUCGCUUCCGAAUCCAAAAUAUGGGAGACGAGAGGAAGCCCAAAACCAGCACUGUUUGGCCUACCGUAAAGCCCUUUGUCAAUGGCGGAGCCUCUGGUAUGCUCGCCACCUGCGUCAUCCAACCUAUUGAUAUGAUCAAGGUGAGAAUUCAAUUGGGUCAGGGAUCGGCAGCCCAGGUCACCAAAAACAUGCUUAAGGAGGAAGGUCUUGGUGCCUUUUACAAGGGUCUUUCUGCUGGAUUGCUCAGACAAGCUACAUAUACGACAGCUCGUCUUGGAUCUUUCAAGAUGUUGACAGCCAAAGCGGUCGAGGCUAAUGAUGGGAAGCCCCUACCUCUAUAUCAGAAAGCACUGUGUGGGCUAACUGCCGGUGCUAUUGGAGCAAGUUUUGGUAGUCCAGCAGAUUUGGCACUUAUUCGUAUGCAGGCUGAUGCCACUUUGCCUGCCGCUCAGCGCCGAAACUACACAAAUGCCUUCCAUGCUCUUUAUCGUAUUGUCGCGGAUGAAGGUGUUUUGGCACUUUGGAAAGGUGCAGGCCCUACUGUAGUGAGGGCCAUGGCAUUGAACAUGGGAAUGCUUGCUUCGUAUGAUCAGAGUGUUGAAUUCUUUAAGGAUUCCAUGGGCUUUGGUGAAGCUUCUACAGUGAUAGGUGCAAGUGCUGUUUCAGGAUUCUUUGCUGCUGCAUGCAGUUUGCCAUUUGAUUAUGUUAAAACCCAGAUUCAGAAAAUGCAACCGGAUGCUGCGGGGAAAUAUCCAUAUACUGGUUCUGUUGACUGUGCCAUGAAAACUCUGAAAGCAGGAGGACCGUUCAAAUUUUACACCGGAUUUCCAGUAUAUUGCGUUAGGAUUGCACCUCACGUCAUGAUGACAUGGAUUUUCCUCAACCAGAUUCAGAAGGUAGAGAAAUCCUUUGGGUUGUAGUGCACCGCGGGGAUGAUGGAGAUUUCUUUUGGGGUGGAGUUGAAGCUUUUAAAAUAAUAAAAAUUAGUCUGGGCUUUGUUAUACUUGUUGUUUUUCACACCUAAUUAGAAAUUUUACAGUGGGACUUUAAGGUAGGGUACUUGUCAGUUUAUUAUGAUAUAUUUUGUACUGGUAAUUUUUUGGGUGUGAUUGGGAAUAGGAUAUAUUACUGAGGCCCUUUUUGAAUUUCUAGAGCUCUCUAUGAGAGGAAAGAAUUGAGCGGAAUAAGCUUUUUUUUUUUUUUCUUUUUAUAACUCUAUAAACAGAUGUUUUUGCGCAUCAAUUUGUGCAAAUUGCCUUCAAUUCUUUGUUUGCAACAUGAAGACUUUUUACCCAA